AUGUGGUGUAUCGUUAAAUCAAAUGUUGCGAAAAUUUCGGACUAUCAAGCAUCGAACGAUGAACACGAAAAUGAUAAUUCAGUAGUAUCAGCAAAUUCUUCAGCAUCGAAUUCGCGUGUAUUAUUAGCUACGGCAUUAAUUAGCGUGAAAGGUAAAAAUAACGAAAAAUAUGCACUUCGUGCUCUGAUCGAUCAAGGAUCGCAGAGCGCGUUCAUCACCGAAUCAGCAAUGCAAUUGCUCAAACUAAAAAGAAUAAAACAAAAAACUUGUUUUGCUGGUCCGAUAGACAUUCUUCUCGGCGCAGCUGAAUACGCACAAAUCAUAAAACCGGGUCUCAUAAAAGGUUCUACAGACGAACCGAUCGCCCAAAACUCUGAAUUGGGUUGGAUCAUUUCGGGACCAACCAAUUUUGAUUCAGCCGUGGGAGCACAAGUAACAACGCUCAUUUCAGUUGUCGACGUCGAACAACGUAUAUCUGAAUUUUUCAAGCAUGAUGAUAUAAAAAUCGACGAUGACGAGUGUGCUCUCACUGAAGAAGAACAAAUGUGUGAAAACCACUUUCAAGAAAACACUAUUCGUUUGGAAAAUGGAAGAUAUUGUGUCAAAAUGCCAUUCAAAAAUGGAAAAAAUGCACCAGAUUUAGGAAACUCGCGAAAAUGCGCCAUUGCAACAUUUUUGCAGUUGGAAAAUCGAUUCAAAAAAAAUCCUAAAUUGGCAGAAGAAUAUAAAAAAUUCAUUCACGAGUACAUUGACCUAGGUCAUAUGGAACGAUCGGUUUACAAUCCAAAUAUCACAUCGUAUUAUUUACCACAUCAUUGUGUAAUACGAGAUAGCACAACUACGAAACUUCGGGUAGUGUUCAAUGGCUCUCAAAAAACUGACAACGGAAAAUCUCUCAAUGAUGAACUUGCAUUGGGUGCCAUAGAACAAAAGGACAUGUUAAGCAUUCUAAUCAAUUUUCGCAUUUACAAAUAUGCAUUUACGGCUGACAUUGAGAAAAUGUACCGCCAAAUUUUAAUCGACGAAAGCCAAAGAGACUUGCAAAAAAUCAUUUGGCGUGAUUCCCCUGAACUACCGCUUUCUGAAUUUAGACUUAUCACGGUCACAUACGGCACCAGUCUCGCUCCGUUUUUAUCACAUCGCACUACAAGACAACUUGCAAUCGAUUGCGAAAAUGAAUAUCCAGAAGUAUCAAAUACCAUAAGAAAAAACAUGUGGGUUGACGAUGUGGUAAAAGGUGCUUUUACUGAGGCAGAAGCAAUACAAUUGUGUAGCGACUUGCGCAAGGUAUUCAGCAAAGCCGGAUUCAAUUUACGAAAAUGGUCUUCAAACAACGUAAAUGUGCUGUCCGCAAUUCCGGAGAGUGAUCGUGAAUUGAAGGCUAUAAGCAGCAACGUGAAAGCGUUGGGCAUAAAAUGGUCGCCGUCUCAAGAUGUUUUCACAUACGAACUCAGUUUAAAAAAUCAUUCAAAUCCAUUUACAAAAAGAUUGCUACUAUCUGAAAUCUCUUCAAUGUUCGAUCCACUUGGCUGGAUAUGUCCAGUAGUAAUUUCAGCGAAAAUUUUGGUACAAAAGUUGUGGGAGAAAAACGUCGAUUGGGAUGAAAUUGUACCGAAAGAAAUCGCUGAAAAAUGGUUGGAAAUAAAAAGCGAAUUGCAUCUCAUUAAUGACAUCAGAGUGGAACGUUGGAUAAAUUACAAUCCUGAGGAUGUCAUGGAGUUGCAUGGUUUCGGUGACGCAGCGGAACCAGCAUUCGCAGCUGUGAUUUACAUUAAAAACGUCACGCAAAACACGUCAUCGAUUGGAUUCGAGGAAAUCCGAAGCGAUACAAAAAGUUUAUCGCACACCGUGUUUGUGCAAUAG